GUGGAAUUGAUCUGGAAAAUAUGAUGAAGGAAUGCCGGCAGGUUCUGGCAAAGCUGAUGAAGCAUAAAAGUUCUUGGAUUUUCAACACGCCUGUAGAUGCGGCUGCCUUAGGUCUUCAUGAUUAUCACCAGAUUGUCAAGAACCCCAUGGAUUUGGGUACGGUGAAGUCAAACCUGGCCAAAGAUUUUUAUCGGAGUCCAUCCCAAUUUGCCGCUGACGUGAGGCUGACAUUCAAUAAUGCGCUGUUAUACAACCCGAAAACGGAUCAAGUCCAUGGAUGGGCGGAUCAGCUUCUUUCAAGAUUUGAAGAACUUUUCAGGCCUAUUCAAGAAAAGCUCAAUAGAAUCGAGUGUGAGCGAAGGGAUUUCAUUUCUGCUGCCGAUGAAUUACAGGGGAGCUCAUGGAACCAAGACAUCCCAAGCCCAGAGAGAGGAGCUAAGAUGCCCAAGGCUAUGACUAGUCCUAUCCGCCAAGUUUUCAAGAAACAAGAAAGGUUUUCGAACCACUCCAGUGCCUCUACGCCUUCCGCCCCACCACCACCACCUCCCAACCCACCUCCACGUCAACAAUCCCCCAUUCGAACUCCAUCUCCAGUGAGAGCCCCGCCUGUGAUGCCAACAACCAGAGGAACGAUGCCCAAACAACCAAAGCCAAAGGCUAAGGAUCCGAACAAGAGGGAGAUGCAAAUGGAGGAGAAGCACAAACUUGGAAUGGAAUUGCAGAAUUUGCCGGAGGAGAAGAUGCCCCAGCUAGUGCAGAUUAUAAGGAAGAGGAACGAGCAUCUGGCCCAAGAUGGUGAUGAGAUUGAGCUGGACAUUGAGGCUUUAGAUACAGAGACCCUCUGGGAGCUUGAUAGAUUCGUGACCAAUUGGAAGAAAUUGGUUAGCAAAACCAAGAGACAAGCUUUAUUGGGUAAUUUGUCUGGACAGACCCCUUCAGUUAGUGGUGCGGUCACAUCCAACAUAGAUGGCGAUGGUGAUGGGUGUGGUUUAAGCGAGAAAAUUGAUUCACCAAGGAAGCCUAAAAAGGGGGAAGCUGGUGAUGAGGAUGUUGACAUUGAUGAUGAUGAUGAGGACAACACGCCUGCCGCCAGCUUUCCUCUGAUUGAGAUUGAAAAGGAUGAAGGCGGCGGCGGUGGUAGAGAGCCUGAUAAUGGCAGUAGUAGCUCUAGCAGUUCCGGUAGCUCAAGCAGUGAUUCCUCUUCUUCCAGUGGUUCUGAUUCCGGGAGCUCUGGGAGUGACUCAGAUGCAGAUGACGCACAAUCUUGACUCUAGUUGGCAUAGUGUGUAUGCUGAGAGAAUUAUCCAUCUGCCUGAGCUGUGGCGCUCACCUUUUGUGGGACUGUUAUCCAAUGUGUAAUCUAAUCUUUGUAAUGAUGAGGUGUAGAUUGUGCCCAGCUCGGGGGAAGGAAAGAAGAUUUAAACCCAAGUCUUGUGCAAUGGCAUUGAUGAUUAGGGAUUAGCUUCAUUUUAUUGUUUUAUUUUUGUAGUCAGGUUCUUCUUAGUGAUAAUAAUAUUAGGAAAUGAAAUAUAUGUUAGAUGGUUGAGAUAAACCUUUUUCCCACCCUUCCUCAUGUGUAUAGUUGUAAUACAUGUGUAUUUUCUGCAAUUCACAUUCUUUUCUGGUUGUUGCCUAUCUGUUGAGUUAUUUUUAAUUGGGGGUUGUUUGAUGAUUUGGCUAACUUGCGAAGUGCAUAGUGGCUGCGUUUUUUCUCUAGCACGUUUUUAAAGUGGUAUUGGUACGAUAGAAGAUUGUGGGCAUAUGUGUUGCUGGAGAAGUGGGGAGACUCGAAGUGCAUAGUGGCUGCAUAUGUAUUGGUACGUGAGACUCGAAGCCUUUAGAGGUUGACACAAUCACACGCAUUAUUCCUGUUCAAGGUUUCACACAUAUGUGCUCCCUCUGUUUUGGUUUGAAGUUUUUAUAUACGGUGUAUUGUUACUUGAUGGCUAGAUGCCCAAUCUAAAGGAGUCAGAAGCUUUUAAUUAUCCAAAAUCUCCUUGCGUGCAACACUGCAACCACAAUAUAACACAAUAUAACAUAGCUGGUAGGGAUAACAUAGCUGGUAGGGAGAUGGUGCCGCAAGACAUGGGCUGGAAUCCUAUCUCUCUCAUUUAACUGUCCAAUACUCCAAUCAGUUAUUAAUGUAAUGGUCUAAAAAGUUGAUACUUUA